CCUCUCUUUAAUAACUUGUCUCUCCAUUGACUGUUGGUGCACUAUAAAAUAUUUCAAGAAACUAAUGGAAGAAAAAUGGUGCAUGGGAACAGAAGAUUCAGAAUUGGAUCUUAUGCUAGUACUUUCAUUUUGAUUGUUCUGUGAGGAAUAGUAAAGAGAAAUUAAUGAAAAUGAACCUCUUGUUCAUUUUCUGUACAAUUUUCUUCUUUGGGGAAGUUUUUUUGCAUACCAUUGCUGAACCAGUUGAAGAUAAGCAAGCUUUGUUAGAUUUUGUUAAUGGUAUUCAUCACUCACACACUCUAAAUUGGAGUAAUAGUACUUCUGUAUGCAGUCAAUGGACAGGGGUGACUUGUAACAGUGAUCAUACUAGAGUUGUGGAACUUAGAUUGCCUGGAGUGGGAAUUCAAGGCUCGAUCCCACCUGGUACGCUUAGUCGCUUAUCGGCUAUUGAGAUUCUUAGCCUCAGAUCCAAUGCCAUUUCGGGUUCUUUUCCUUCGGAUUUUUCCAGUUUUGGAAAUUUGACUGAUCUUUAUCUUCAAUUCAAUAGCUUUUCGGGGCCAUUGCCUUUAGAUUUCUCAGUGUGGAAGAAUCUUACAGUUCUUGAUCUCUCACAUAAUGCCUUUAAUGGAAGUAUUCCACCUUCAGUAUCAAAUUUGACCCACCUCACAUCUUUGAACCUAUCUAACAACUCACUUUCAGGUGUUGUUCCUGAUAUAGGUGUUCCUAGUUUGAAAUCUUUAAAUUUAUCCAGCAAUAAUCUCAACGGAAGCGUGCCUCCAUCUCUUUUACGAUUUCCGAGCUGGGCAUUUUCUGGUAACAACUUUUCAUCAGGAAAUGCACUUCCUCCUGCUCUUCCACUUCAGCCACCAAGUCCGCAGCCUACACGAAAAAGCAAAAAACUCAGCGAAGCGGCAAUUUUGGGGAUUGUAAUAGGUGGCUGUGUGUUUGGUUUUGCAGUAGUUGCUCUUUUAAUGAUUUGCUGGUAUUCCAAGAAAGGUAAGAAAAGUAGAUUACCAACAAAGGCUCAAAAUAAAGAGGUAGCAUUGAAGAAAAAUGCUUCAGAAACACAAGAUAAGAAUAAUAGGCUUGUGUUCUUUGAGGGUUGUAAUCUUGCGUUUGACUUGGAGGAUUUGUUGAGAGCGUCUGCGGAAGUUCUUGGAAAGGGAACUUUCGGAACAACGUAUAAGGCCGCUCUUGAGGACGCAAACACAGUGGUGGUCAAGAGGUUGAAAGAAAUGUCUGUGGCUAGGAAAGAGUUUGAGCAGCAGAUGGAAGUAAUUGGGAGUAUUAGGCAUCCGAACAUAUCUUCACUAAGGGCAUAUUACUUUUCCAAGGAUGAAAAACUUACAGUAUCUGAUUACUACGAGCAGGGAAGUGUUUCUGCAAUGCUACAUGGUAAAAGAGGAGAGGGCAGGGUUCCACUGGACUGGGAUACGAGGAUGAAAAUCGCAAUUGGUGCAGCAAAUGGAAUAGCUUACAUCCACACACAGAAUAGUGGCAAACUUAUCCAUGGAAACAUAAAAGCCUCUAACAUUUUCCUCAACACUGAGGGAAAUGGUUGCAUAUCUGAUGUUGGUUUAGCCACAUUGAUGAGCUCAAUAGCCCCAUCAGUAAUGAGAGCUGCAGGAUAUCGUGCUCCUGAAGUAACAGACUCGAGAAAAGGGACACAGGCGUCAGAUGUUUAUAGUUUCGGGGUGUUGUUGCUCGAGCUUCUGACAGGAAAAUCUCCGAUACACGCAACGGGCGGUGAAGAGGCAGUUCACUUGGUAAGAUGGGUGCAAUCUGUUGUAAGAGAAGAAUGGACUGGUGAAGUAUUUGAUGUUGAGCUUCUAAGGUAUCCUAAUAUUGAGGAGGAAAUGGUAGAGAUGUUACAAAUAGGAAUGAAUUGUGUAGUGAGGAUGCCAGAGCAGAGACCUAAAAUGCUUGAUGUAGUGAAAAUGGUAGAGGAAGUUCGACGAUCGAGUACCGAUAACCCGCUAUCCUCCGAAACAAAUGUAGAAAUUACAGUUGCGACCCCGACACCGCCGCAGAGAGUAAAUGAAGCUUCUGCUUCAACUUCACCUCCACAGUGAGAUAUUUUUGUUGUAUUAUGUGAUAUUCAUAGCUUUUAAUAUUUCAUAAAUUAAAUUGAUUUUAGUUUCCAA